AUGCAGCCAUGGUCCAUCAAGGGAAAGCAGCAAGAAAGAUCGGGAAAGCGCAAGGUUGCCUCACCCCCCUUCUUUGUCGCAUCUGAUCCUUAUCAGUAUGCCCUUCAGUCUGAGAUAGAAAGAGUGGGGGAGAUUUUUGAGCAUACCCAACUGGUUCAGGAACAUAUGAAGCAGGGGCUCACUGUUGAUUUGGUGGGCAGAGAAUUCAAAAGUAAAGAUGAUGUGUCCCCAUGCUGCCUCUCCCUCAUCUCCAAUUUAUCUGAAUGCACAGCCCACAGGCACAUGCCCAACUGCUCUGACAUGUGGUUCUAUUAGAAGAACCGAGCUCAGGAUUGAAUGUACAAUGAUCUGCAGUGCCCCAUAAGGGCAUCUCUGGCUCUGGUCUGCUUUGAGCACAGCCUGAAACUCAUCUAUAAGAGUGGCUUCAACUUGCCUUGUGGGGUUGCCCUCCAUGCAAUGCCCAGUGUGUAUUCCCUCCCCUUGCCCAGGCUGAUCCCCACAGAGUUGGCGGCCACAGCAACUGUCACCCACGACAAUACAUACACCCACAUACCCAUGCAAUAGGGCCAGUUUUUAGACUAUGAUUUGGACCAUACAGUAUGGUUGAACAUAUCUUGCUUUUCUGAUGGGCAACUGUGCAGCUCUUUGUGUACUAUUUGCUUUCCAAAUGUCACUACUCACACCAACCCUCAGAGAACCCAUGUACCAUGUAUGUUUUUUGUAUGCUCCAGCCUUGUGUGUGGUGGUGGAAUGACCUCCUUGAUGAUGAACUCAUAUGCCUGAGAACAGAUUAACCAGCUCAUGUCAUAUAUCAAUGUUUCUAAUGUUUAUGGGAGCUCAGAGCAAGAAUCUCAAGUACUCAGAGAAACGCUCAGAGCCUUGGAGACUCUUUCAGAGAAAUGUUAGAAGCUGUGGGAACACCUGAGGAUAGGCUUACCUUGGGCCUCUUUGGGAAAGUACUUACUAUUUUUUUCUACAGGCCCACCCACCCAGUACACAAGGCACGAGCAGGAAAGCCACAGCCUGUUUCCUGGCCUGGACCACAGGACUCUCAUAGCCAUGCACAUGCUGUGGCUCCAGGAACACUACAGGGUAGCUUCCGGAACCCUCACAGGGAUUGAGACCCUUUACCACAAAGCCAGGAAAAUUGGGUGCUGAGCUGCACGCAUCACCUACAGCCACUGGCUACCCAAAAUACUGGGAAAACCCAGCACACAGAUGCUGACGGAUUAUCAGGGUUGCAACACCAAUGUGAAUGCAGGUUUCAUGAACUCUUUCACUACUGCAGCCUUCAGAUUUGCCCACAGUUAACCAAUCCUUAUUCUUUAUCAAUUGAAUGACAUCUUUGGUGAAAUCCCCAAAGACCACCUUCCACUCCACAAAGUUUUUAUUACACCAUCCAGAAUAAUCAAGGAGGGGGAGCUAGAUCUACAUCUUUGGGGGCUCUCUGGUACAGCCACUAAGUAGCAGGUACCUUCUCAACUUCUCAGCCUGGACCUGACUGAGCAGCUGUUCUCCACAGUCCAUCUCGUGGCCCUGGAUUUGGCUGCUGCCAACACUCAAAGGGGACAAGACCACAGGAUCCCUCCAUGUGUUGACAUCAGAGUUUUCUGCAAUAUGUCUUCUGUUGAAAAUUUUGAAGAUCUUCAAAAUGAAAUAAAAACUCAGAAAUUAGAGAAAAAAUUGCAGCUGCUAUUCGGGGCUCCAGGCAAUGCUGACUUCUGCCUGGCCCUCAUGGUUGAAGAACUGGUCCCUGGUACAAGAGUGGCUCCAACACUUACGUGCUUGUUUGUGACCCAGUUUCAGUGGCUAAGAGAAGGAAAUAGAUUCUGGCGUGAAAACCCUGGAGUGUUUACCCCAUCACAACAGCUGAAAUUGGCGUCACUGGGCCAUGUGCUUUGUGACAAUGGUGACAACAUUCAGCAAGCCCAGACUGACGUCUUCAUGAAGGCAAAAUGCCUGCAGUAUUAUGUAAAUUGUAGUGAGAUACCAAAAGUUUAUUUGUGAGUGUGGCAAGACUGCUAUAAAGGUCAGUGA